AGCAAAGAGGAACAUUGUUUUUAUUGUUGAUAUUGAUUGAAAAAUUUUUUAGAGCAUAACUUUUUUUAGUUUUCGAGAUAUGCAGAUCAAGGACAAAAAAGCUAUUGUCAUUGGAUCGUCCAAUGGCUUGGGUGCUGCUUUUACCAAAGAAUUGCUGCGCAACAGCGUCGCGCAUGAUCAAAUAAUGACGAAAAAUCAACUCACGAUUAAUAAAGCCGAUAUCCCUUGUUUCGUACCAUCCAAGGCCGGCAUGGUGUCCGUCGCAAUGCUGGCAAUGGAACACAUGGGCAGAGACAAAGGUGGCAAAGGCGGUGUUUUGAUCAAUAUCGCCGAACACCUCGACGUCCACUGCACGGCCCAACUGCCCGUCUACACGGCCACCAAGCAAGCCAUCAUCGGACUCUCCCAGUCGUUGGCGCAACCUUACCAUUACCAAAGGACAGGCGUGAGGAUAAUCGUCCUCUGCCCUGGUUUGACGGAAUCCCCCGUGCUGGAGAAUCUAAAGAGCGAGGAGUUUGUUCCUAGACCCGAGGAACUGAUGGACGCCAUGAAGGAGAUUCAUCGUCAAAGAGCCGAGAGUGUGGCGCAUGCACUGGUUUACGUGAUAAGGUGCGCCCAAAAUGGAAGCGUGUGGAUCUCGGAGGACGGCAAGCCAGUCUAUGAGAUCCAGAUGCCGGACACUUUGCCCACCAAAUGACUUGAUUUAUAAAAAAAACUGUCAAUCUUGUUUAUUUGCGACUUCACGACUUUUAUUACACAUUUAUUUGAUUUAUGACGGUGUGAGAUUUUUUUUGUCUUAUUUUUUACUAGUUAGCCCUAAAAA